AUGGGGUAUACCUGCAGAGUCCUGUGCAGUGCCACACAGUCAUCUUUUGUCACGUGUGCACAGCAUUCACGUGGAAAGCGCCCAAACCAGCUAACCCACCAUGCAGCGAUGGAAAUCAACUUGCUUGGUUCCUUCUUUUGUUCUGUGACAGCUUUUCAGGGCAUUCUUACCUUCGUCCGCAGUUACGCCAGCCACACAUGCUGGCUUGCACCUACAAACUUGGCAGCACUAAAAGAGCCUGUGGUGCUGGCUCCGCAGGCAUCUUCAGACAUACCUCGUGCCGUACAAGAAGUAUUGAACUGCUGCAUCGGUGGGUUUUCUGCCGUGUUUGAGGCACUUCUGUCUCCGGGCGCCGGAGACGACGGGCUGCGCUUCUUGUGCUUCCUCCUGUUUUCUCCCUCAGCGUGGUCAACGUGGUCUCAGACGCCUCUGGGCGUAUGCAGGACCAGUGUAACCAACAGCAGACUGUGUUCCAGGAAACAGUGGACCUCGAGAACCAGCGAUGGUGACUGGCCAUUUCUCCCCUGUAGGGGCGCUGGCAACGCUACCCCCAGAGCAAGGGGACAACGAUGCGGAUCCUCGAAGGAGCUCCUUCUGGCGAGUGCAGCUUGUUCCUGCGCUGCUGUUGCAGUGCUUGUGGCUUCCAGGAUCCAGCAGUCCAUAUAUCGUCUCUUUUUCCCGUCUUGUCAAAGGCAGACCUUCGUCCGGGUGGGAGGCCUCAACUUGACUCUUCACGACCACGUCAUUCCACGCCGUGCCACCGAGGUGCCCUCGACACUCGUUUCGUCUCAGGGGAACUGGGAACGCUUACGUGACGGCGGACGCGCGUUCCGUGUCAGACACAGGACUGAGGUGGCUGGCUUCUCCCUUCCUGCGACCCGCCGGCGAAUCAGCCGAGCUUGUUCUUCGCACGAUCAUCAUUCAAGCAUAUCGCUGCGACAGGAUGCUCCUUCCCACCACGCCGGAAGACUAGGGUUCGUGCAUGUUCCAAUUCCCCUGUCUCCAGAGCAGGCGCCAGGAGAUCAAGCCACCACAGGCGGCUCGUACGCGACUAGAUCGCGCUCUGCGGAGGUCUUAUUACCUUACAGGUGCUGUAGGUCGGUAGAACAACAAGUGGAUCAUUUUUUCUUUUUGCUCGUCCUGAUCCUUACUCCAGCGAUGAAUCACGCCAAGAAUCUUCUGGCGAUUGCAAAAAUUUGUUUGGCUACGGUACAGGGGAAAGGUGAGAAAAACGUCACUGGGCUUGGACACUCCAAAGGUGCAUCACAAAAAGGCCCACCGCGGCGUCAGCAUCGCGACGGCGCACUAUCAACAGCAGCACCAGCGAACGCAGCAAACGGAUGUAACCAGAGUACCUUUUCAGAAACAAAAGAAGAUCCCCACAGUGCUCGAAAAGAGGUAGCGGUGCCCAUGGGUGCCGGGGUACGAUACACAGACUACAAGUGGGCAAGUAGACGUUUGGUGUCCACGUCUGGUGGGCAUCAAUGUCGAAAACACUGUUUGAAGGCGCUCCGCCGAUGCAUGCAUCAGGCUAGUGUGACAGAACACGGAACAAUAGUGCUUCUGACACAGCUACCCCUUCAGAGUUUCCUCCACUGGCUGUUUCCUAACCAUGGUACACAAGUGCCUCAUUUUUCUCGCCGGCGGUCUGUCCCGCCAAAACGCGGAGGAAUGCCUCUAACUCUGGCGUUCCAAAGAAGACGAAACUCUGUUGAAGCGGAAGUUCGUGGAACACGGCGCACUGUCGAGGUGGUAGACGCGAGUGGUGAACCAUGUGAUGCUACGUUGAAUACUCAAGGGGUAUCGAGCUGUGGAGAGCAAGCAACCAAUACGGCACCCGAGGGAGGAGAGUCUCAGGAAAUGUUGUCUCUUCAUAGGGACAAUAAUCGCAAGCAGGACCGGUGCGGAAAUACAGCUGCAGAUCCUAAUCCCGUUCGUCUCACAGCUGUUGAACAUAUGCGAGGCGUGGAUCGCAUUGGAUACUUGUGUUGUCUCCUACAGCACUGUAAGGACCCUGACACUGUGUACAGAGUAGCUCGACACCAUCCCGGAAGACACCAACCUCUCCUCAUGCCUGCCGCAUCACAAUGUUCCUUUACAUUUAGGAAGGCAAGAUGA